AUGCCAGCCAAAAUUCUCAGCAACGUCUACAGGAGUACAAUCGAGAGCAUCCUUACCAGCUCCAUCACAGUCUGGUAUGGAAACUGCACCACUCAGGACAGGAAGGCUCUCCAGCGCGUGAUUAAAUCUGCUCAGUCCAUCUCAGGAGCAGCCUUCCCCCUGCUGCAGGACACCUACAACACCAGGGUCAUCAGGAGGGCUCACAACAUCAUCAAGGACAGAACACACCCCCAACAUCACCUCUUCACACUUCUACCAUCAGAUAAACUCAGAGAGGACAUAACAACCCAGGCGCUGGACACAAAGAGACACAUGGACCGGGCUGUAGACCACACUCACCACGUGAGACGCUGUUCCAUGAAAAUGCCCAGAUCGUGUGAUGUGAAGAGAUAUGAAGACUGGUACAAAGUGGGCACCUCCUGUGUCAUGUAUUUCAACGAAACGCUCAACUUUACCGACGCUGAGUUCCGCUGCAGGAAAGAAGCACCUGGUGGUCACCUGGCAUCCGUGCACAGCAGGCGGGCCAAUAACGAUCUAAACUGUAUCGUGUUCAAGUACAACAAAAAGUCUCCUCGCAUCUGGUUGGGCGGCUUUGAGCUUUUUAAUUCUCGUAAGUGGGUCUGGAUUGAUGACUCUAACUGGGACUUUCAGGCCUGGGUUCCAGGAGAGCCCAACAAUCACUUCAACAAAGAGGACUGUCUGGAAAUGAACUGGAAAGAAAAAGGCAAGUGGAAUGAUGAUCGGUGUCUUAAAAAGAAGAACUUUCUUUGUUCUUUUACCUACUAA